AUUGGUUCGAUGAAGGUGGUUUUUCUCAGGCAGGAAAUGUAGACUUUUACCUCCGUUGAACUUCCCGGACUUGCCCAGUUUUCUGAGGUUUCCCGAUAGUUACCCUCCCUACUUGGCCAUGAAGUUGAGUCAGUAUUCGAAUUUGAACCUAGAAGAUUGGGUUUUCAAUAACACCUUCGAAAAAAUCGAAGGAAAGGAAGCAAGAGGGGUGUCAGAGAUCUGGCCAGCCAAGUUGAUUGGCCCGAUGGUACCAUCCGCAUACUUAGAUGAAAGGAUCAAAGGUGAUCGAGGGUAUGGUUCGAGUCUAUGGAAGCCACUUAGCGAAGAGUGCAUAGAAUGGCUUGAAACAAAGCCAUCUAACUCAGUGGUCUACUUUUUCUUUGGAAGCAUGGUUUCAUUAUCCGAAGAACAAAUACCAGAGCUCGCAUGGGGUUUAAAGGAAAACAAUAUGUAUUCCCUGUCGGUCGUAAGAGACUCAGAACAGCAAAAAUUGCCCAAAUGGUUCCUAGACUCGGUUCAAGAGAAGGGCAAGGUCGUAACAUGGUGUAACCAGCUAGAAAUACUAGCACAUAGAAGCGUGGGCUGCUUCGUGGCACACUGUGGGUGGAACUCAACCAUAGAAGGGCUGAGCCUCGGUGUACCGAUGAUCGGCGUGCCGAAAUGGACCGAUCAAUUGACUGAUGCGAAGUUCGUGGAGGAGAUUUGGGAGAUAGGGGUGAGAGCCAAGGAAGAUGAGGUGGGUGUAGUGAGGAAAGAUGAGCUCUUGAGGUGCUUGAAGGAAGUAAUGGAAGGGGAGAAAAGCAAAGAGAUAAGGAGAAAUGCCAACAAAUGGAGGGAUUCAGCCAUGAAAACAAUCAAUGAAGGAGGGAGCUCGGACAAGUAUAUCGAUGAGUUUGUGCAAGAUUUGAUGGCUUCUUACCAAAACUUGAACGAACUUUGAGCAAGGUUUUAGGAUAUGCAUUGAUCAUGUACACCAUACCUUUAUUGUUGUGUUGUAUUUUUUUGUGCCUUUUUUUACUAUUUUCAAUUGUGUUUGGAUUGUGUGUCAAAUUAUUUGAUGGAGUAGUUUUGUUUGUUUCCAUAUUAUAAGAAUAAUAAUAAUAAUAAUAAUAAUAAGUCCUUACGUAAUGAUCUGUGAUA